UAAUAGCUGUCGAAAAAAGCAGCCGGGCAGCCAGACGUAGUUGAAACCUUGUCAAGUACUGUUGUCUGUCUUUCUUCGCUCUGCGAAGCGGCAGAUCGAUAUCUGUUUAAGUGUGGUCAGUGAAGUUAUUUCGUCAACAGAAGAAAACCACACACUGUUCGCAUUACGAUUGUUCAUUGGAUCUCCGUUGUGAAGUUUCUCCAAAUAGUGGAUAGAUUGGUUGAAUUUUUCAAACGCCACGUUUGAAAACUUUGAAUCCCAGCAAGUGGCUUCGUGUAUGCGCGCGCAUUUUAUGCGAGUUGAAAAUCCGCGUACGUGAUACGUGCUUGGUAUGAUUUUAAAAGAGUUGGUUGUGAAGUGUAGUUGGAUUAUGAGGCUACUCCUAGAUCAAGGAGAAAAACUGUCCGUCGAUUACAAAGUUUCCCGAAAAUUCGAACUGAGUCAUUAAAGUGUGUCACGUAUACUCCGUGUCGCCUCUCGGUGCGUUUCACAAUAGAAAACAGUCAAUUUUUAUAGUCAAUCGUAGUUAUUUGUUAUUUUGAAUAUUUAUUUAUUAAUAACCCAUAGUAUUUACAUUCCAACGGAACAAAAAGCGACGAAUAAGACUGAACGAUUAUUCCCUUAUCACUGAUUUAUUUGAACAAACAAGUACGUAAUAACCAAUGAGAGAAAGACAAGAGAAACAGGAAGAGACGAGUGAAAGUUAACACGCAGACAUUCGACAAGAUUAGUUGUUUAUUCAAGUUUCUUCUGGGUCGGCACGUACUCCUGGUUGUUUUUGACGUAGGCUUUUGCGUAGCUUGCGCUUGCAUCAGCCGUUACGAACGCGUAGCUGUACAAGACCAAACUCACGUGCACGCACUCGCUCAGCGUUUAUACGCUUUGUUCUUCCAAGACGUUCAUCGCUAAAUUCGUCCUGACAGGACAAUUCCCAGUCCUUCAACGACUUUUCUGUGAUAAUAUACGUAUAUCAGGCCAGCUAGCUGGGCCAUUCCUCUUGGUCUGAGGAUAAUCGUUGGACUGGUGCAGCCGCUACACGGCGCUCGCGAGCCCCAUCGAUCAUCGUCACGAACGCCACCGCUGACCAGCCAAGCUCACUGAGUCGUCAGCCAUCAGUGACACGCGGCACUUCGCAGGAAUGGAUAGCUUGGGCUCGCCUGUGCCGGAUGCAAUCCAACCGCUCCUCGAGCGACUCAAAGAAGCCCUCUGCCUCGAGCCAAAGUACCAGCCGAAUCUCCAGAUACCCGCCAGCACGCAGAACGACGAAAUAACGAUCGGCUCGCGAGAUGGCUCGGCCCACGUGCUACGCUGCCUCAAGGUCUGGUACGACCUGCCGUCGGACGUGUUGUUCAUCGCCAUCAACCUGAUGGACCGCUUCCUCACCAAGAUGAAGGCCAGGCCCAAACACAUGGGGUGCAUAAGCGUGUCCUCCUUCUACACUGCCGCCGUCCAGAUGGCCCAGCAGUCCCUCGACGCCGACCACCUCGUCUCCAUAUCGCAGUGCAAGUGCACCGUCGGUGACCUCAAGCGCAUGUCCGAGCUCAUUCGCAACAAGCUCGAGUGGGCGCCCGGCACUCAGCCCAUCACUUCGCUUACCUUCCUGCACCUCUUCAAUGUCAUCUUUCAGAUGGCUGCGUCGCAGCUCGGACUCGGAGACCUUUAUGCCAGUGUUGUUUCCGAAUCGGAGCUGCUUCUUCGCCUAGAAAUGGUUGCUUGCGACGGCAAUUGCGCCAGUCUCAGGCCAUCCGAAGUUGCGCUCGUUUUGUUUUGUACCUACUUGGAUGCUGCUGUUAAUCGUUUGAAAUCAAACGCCGACAACAGCGCGACUAGCUCCUCGGGAUCAUCCUCCGUAGAUAAUCCACCUGCUGCGGCUCAUGAGAUGCUCAGACUAGUGGAGUUUGCAGCGAAAUUACAAAAAACAUGCAAUAUCUCCGACACAAGUUUCUAUGCCACGCACGAGGCUGUAGGCGUCAUACUAAGUAAGUACAAUGCCCAAGAACAAACGCCCUAUAGGCAGAGGCUCAUUUGGAAGCUGUCAUCUAGAACGGCUCGUUUGCUACGCCCGACUGAUAAAUUUACAUCUGUAUUGCCUGUCAUUGCUGAACACACCCCGACACCUUCACCUAAAAGAAUCAGAAAUCGCAGGUUCUCUCGGCGUCAUGGUCGUAAAAGGCGUUAAAUAAAUCAUCGUCGACGAAGAAAGGGAGAAUUGCAACUCUAAUGAGAAAAACUUGUCAGCUGUUGAAUCACAAAGUCUUUCUUACUUUUAAUAAUACGCAAUUUCAGAUGGUUGGAAUCAGUCUUGUUCGAUAAUUGAUUGCAAACAGUAGUAACAUACGAGCUGUGAAUA